AUGCAGUUCACUGUCAGCUCCGGGAUUUCAGGCCUCUGCUGCCUGGGCCACACCGGGAAGCUGGCCGAGCUGAUGGAAUUCCUGCUCCUCAAGUAUCACAUCAAGGAGCCGACCAGCCAGGCAGAGAUGCUGGAGAUCGUCGGCCAGGAUGCCCUGGAUGCCUUCCCUGUGAUCUUGGGCCAGGCCUCCGAGUGCUUGCAGCUGGUCUUUGGUAUGGAUGUGAAGGAAGUGGACCCCAGCAACCACUCCUACAUCCUGGACCCCGUCCUGGGCCUCACCUAUGAUGGGAUGCUGAGUGGUGAGCAGGGAGUGCCCAAGACCGGCCUCCUAGUGGUGCUCCUGGUGGUGAGCCUCCUGCAUGGCGACCGUGCCCCCGAGAAGGAGGUGUGGGAAACACUGGGGGUCAUGGGGGUGUAUGCCGGCCAGGAGCACGUCAUCUACGGGGAGCCUAGGGAGCUUCUCACCAAGGUCUGGAUGCAGGAAGGGUACCUGGAGUACCGGCAGGUGCUUGGCAGCGACCCUGCUCACUACGAGUUCCCGUGGGGUUCCAGGGCCCAUGCCGAAACCAGCAAGUUGCAAAUGCUGGAGUAUUUGCUCCGGGUCAGGCGCAGGCAGCUGGCUUCCUCCCUGGCCCUGUCUGAAGGGGCUGUGAGAGAUGAGGGAGAGGUGGCCUGA